UACCCGCUCUGCGGUGGUGGACAUGGAGAGCGAGUUCCUGUCUUUGGGGCUGGACAUCAUCGGACUGGGCGUGUUCAACUUCGACUUCGGGUCCAUCAACUCGGAAUCGCCCGUCAUCAAGGCCGUGUACGGCGUGUUGAAGGAGGCGGAGCACCGCUCCACCUUCUACCUGCCCUACUGGAACCUGCCGCUGGCGGACGUGCUGGUGCCGCGGCAGGCCAAGUUCAGGGCUGACCUCAAGGUGAUCAACGAGUGCCUGGACAACCUGAUCAAACAGGCGCGGGACACGCGCGUGGCGGAGGACGCAGAGGCGCUGCAGAACCGCGACUACUCCAAGGUGUCCGACCCCAGCCUGCUGCGCUUCCUGGUGGACAUGCGCGGCGAGGAGCCCACCAACAAGCAGCUGCGCGACGACCUCAUGACCAUGCUCAUCGCGGGGCACGAGACCACCGCCGCCGUGCUGACGUGGGCCAUGUUCUGCCUGGUGCAGUCGCCCGAGUCCGAGGCCAAGGUGUUGGAGGAGGUGGACCGCGUGUGCGGCGACCGCACCCCCACCCUGGAAGACCUGAAGGCCAUGCCCUACCUGCGCGCCUGCCUGGGCGAGUCGCUGCGCAUGUACCCGCAGCCUCCCAUCCUCAUCCGCCGCGCGCUGGCCGAGGACACGCUGCCGGCGGGCCUGCGCGGCGACCCCGCCGGCUACCCCAUCGGCAAGGGCGCCGACCUGUUCAUCAGCGUGUGGAACCUGCACAGGUCUCCCUACCUGUGGAAGGACCCCGACACCUUCCGCCCGGAGCGCUUCUUCGAGCCCAACUCCAACCCCGACUUCGGGGGCAAGUGGGCGGGCUACCGGCCCGACGCGGUGACGGGCGGCGCGGCGCUGUACCCGAACGAGGUCGCCUCCGACUUCGCCUUCAUCCCCUUUGGCGGCGGCGCGCGCAAGUGCGUGGGCGACCAGUUCGCCAUGUUCGAGGCCACGGUGGCGGCGGCCAUGCUGCUGCGCCGCUUCACGUUCCGGCUGGCGGUGCCGGCGGAGAAGGUGGGUAUGGCCACGGGUGCCACCAUCCACACCGCCAACGGCCUCUCCAUGCGGGUGACGCGCCGCACACCCAGCGGCGGCAGCGGCAGCGGCGCCCCCGGGGCCGCCGCCAAGGUGCCCGCGACCGUGUAGGCGGCAGCAGCGCGGCAGCGCGGCAGCAGCGUCGGACGUGUGGGCUUGGCGUGGACACGGCUUGGUGCGGGAACGUGUCUGCGGCUGCUGCGGUGGUGAUGGGUGUUUGGAAGACGCAACGGAGGGGGUUUAGCAGCAUGCGUGCUGGGUGUGCAGGAGGUUGAGCGUCUUGCGGGGAGAGGCGGUGAUCCCCAACUUGGGAUGGCAGGCUUGCGGAGGUGCGGGGGCGUUGUGUCAUACGCACACCUUCCGUGCCGCCAGUUGUGGGCUAAGUUAUGUCUUGAAGCCUGGGAAAGACACUUGAAUGGAAUGUUUGCGACGUUGCGACACACAGAGACCAUAAUCUAUGGUAAGUUUACACGCGUGGUCACAUGCCUGACUACAUGGGGACUUUUGAUACACUGCCGGGCCCCAAUCAAUAUGCAGUUUUGAGUUAUAUUUACUUGGGCGUGUUACGAACAUCGGAUGGUGAAAUCAUGGGUGAAGCGUGCCCCUGCGACACUUGCGGCGGACUCUCUUGCAUGCGUGUGUGCGCCGUGAAGUGACACCGGCGUUGAGCUUGCGAGCUUUGACUGAUAAGCAUAUUUGGCUGAUACGGGCAUGCAUCCGGGCCCGGAGCAAGACACUUCUUGGGCUGAUAGUCUCCGACUUGCAAGCCAAUGUCACUGAAAUGCUGAAAUGCGAAUGUGAAUGCACCGUGUGUCAGCUGAGCCGCAGUGCCACACAGUGUCCUACUC